AUGCAGCCCCAUCAUCAUCACCAACCACCACCAAACAUCCAACAGCAGCAACCUCCCAUCAACCCAAACAACAACAACAACCAAAAUCAAUAUCAGCAAUCGCCCUAUUUUCGUCCUAACCCCAGCAAUAACAACAUUUAUCAACAAAAAGCAACCACACCUACUUUUAUAAAUAAUACGAACAACAAUCAGCAAAUCCAACCACAACCUCCCUAUUAUCCCUAUCAGCAAACAACAACACCGCAACCGGGAUUUGUUUAUGGACCAUAUCCAGUUCAAGGAAUUGUAACGAAUAAUAAUUACGUUUAUCCGAACAACAAUACCAACUUUACGAAUUAUCCUCCCGUUAUGAUGAUGCAACCACAGCAACCGCAACCACAACAACCAUCACCAAACAAUUACAACAUGAAUCCACCACAAGCACAACAACCAUCAUCAACGACUAGUAGCAGUAGUGGUGGUAGUAGUAGCAGGAGAGUGAUGGCCAAAACAUUGGGAUCCUUUAUUCUAUUAAAAGAAAAGCUCAUUGGUUCGGGAGCCUACGCCGAUGUCUAUGAAGGCUAUCAUAGAGAUACCAAAGAAAAGGUAGCCAUCAAGGUAAUUCAGAGAAACAAACUAAACGAUCGUUUGAUGCGAAAUUUGGAAUCUGAAAUUACCUUGAUGAAGAGAAUUCAGUCCGAUUAUGUGAUCAAAUUGUAUGAAGUUCAUCGCAGCAAAAGACACUACUAUUUGAUUGUUGAAUUGUGUAGUGGUGGAGAACUUGGAAAGCUUCUCAAGAAGGGCAAACUACCCAAGUCGGUCACAACCAUUGAUGGCGGCAUGAAGGAGAGCAUUGCCAAAAAAUUUAUUUAUCACUUGUCGAAAGGAAUGAAACAAAUUUUGGAUCAGAAUUUGAUUCAUAGAGAUUUGAAACCUGCAAACUUGUUAUUGAGUAAGCCAUUCCAAAUACUGGAGCCAAACAAGAGCGAUCUUACCUACAAGGAUGUAGACUUUGGAUUUUUAAAGAUUGCUGAUUUUGGAUUUGCACGUGAGAUUGGACCCAAUGAUUUGGCUCAGACCUUGUGUGGUACUCCGUUGUAUAUGGCACCUGAAAUCUUAUCAUCUCAAAGAUACAAUUACAAGGCCGAUUUAUGGUCACUUGGGGCUAUAAUUUAUGAGCUUUUAUUUGGAAGACCUCCCUACAUGGCUGUCAAUCAAAUGGAUUUAUUGAAUCAAAUUAGAGCUCGUCCACCUCCAUAUCCCAAUAAUCCAACGGUUUAUCCUCCUCUUGUCAUUGACCUUAUUAAGGGAUUAUUGCAAGCCGAUCCCAAUGUUCGGUUCACUUUUGAACAAUUCUACAAUCAUCCCUAUCUGGUAGCUCUCAGAAAGGAGUUUGGAGACAAUGAAGAAUUCAAUUCUCAAACACUUAAUCCAGCUCAAGAAGAAUAUAUUGAAAAUCCAAAUGUUGUUGCCAAUAACAACAUGAUGACAGAUGUUGCACCAUUUUCAAACACAACAAAUGACGACACUUCCAAGUCAGACGAAAAGAAUGAUAUCAAUGAUGACGAAGAUGAAGACAAGCUUGCAACUCCAGCCAACGGUAAAACUGCAGGUGAACCAAUCAGCACAUUAACGGGUACGAAAACAACUGUCGCUCUUGAUUCCAAUGGCAGUAGCGGUAACACAAGCCAAGACAAAAACAUCUCGAGUGACAAUGAACCAACAACAACAAAUAAUGUUAGCGAAAAGGACAAUAACAUGACUGAUCAAGGAGCUAAAGUUUUGAUUAUGGAUAAACAAAUCUCUCCCAAUGAAGCUCUCUACAAUAACGAAUAUCAAUUGGAAAAGGUCAUUGGAUGUAGUAAUGAUAUCUGCUUUCCUUCCAUAAUUUUCGACUUUUCUGCACUUGUUUGUAGUGACAAAUGCUUGCAGAGUCUCAAGACAAUUGAAAAUUUAGCUACAAGAGCUUGGUUCAUUGCAGAAACAGCGUUCAUUAUGGAAAAAACUUCUAAAUAUGCAGAGGCGUACGGUAUUUAUAUCAAGGCAGGAGUUAUACUUCGUCAAGCCUAUGAUACAAUCAAUCAUUUAGAGGAAGAAUCUGAAAGAUCGGGAGCUCUUCGAUCCUUCAUCAAAACGGUGAUGCGUGAUGUUUUUCAACGUGCCCUUGUCAUUGAUCAAGAAAAGUUGAAUAGUAGCAUGUCUAGCUCACAAUCCUCUCAGAACGAAAUUAGCGUCGAUCAAAUUUUGUACAUGUAUGCGAUUCGAAUUGCCCAAGAAGCAGCCUACAAAGAAUAUCUCAACUCCUCGCAAUGUACCAAAGAAUGUCUAGCCAUGUAUAUUAGAGCCAAAUACAUUUUCGAAUAUUUGGUUGAGAUUUCAGAGGAGUAUUCCCAGAAGGUCGAGUUGAGAAAUUUCUUAGAAAAGUUCACGGAGAGAAUUAAUUAUUUAGAGAAGUUGGAUUAA